CUGCAUCAGGAACGCUUCCGUGUCGACCGCCGCAAGCUAGAGCAAAUGCUUCUCGGUGAUGUCAAACCAGCGGAUACUUUCUUCCACAGCGUUAUGGAGAGAACAAACACCAUUGUUACGUGGCCAUCAAGACUGAAGAUCGGAGCAAAGUCGAAGAAAGAUCCGCAUAUAAAAGUCGCAGGACGACUAGAUGAUGUACGAUCAGCGAAGGAGAAGAUAAUGGAAAUUUUAGACACACGGCAAAGUAACAGAGUGACCAUGAAGCUGGAUGUUAGUUACACCGAUCAUUCACACAUCAUCGGCAAAGGUGGCCUGACGAUUAAACGAGUGAUGGAAGAAACUGGUUGCCACAUCCAUUUUCCAGAUAGUAAUCGUAGUAAUCAUCAAGAUAAGAGCAAUCAGGUCUCCAUUGCUGGCGAGAUGGAAAGUGUCGAACGCGCUCGCGCUCGUGUUAGGAACCUGACGCCACUGAUCUUUUCCUUCGAGCUACCUAUAAUGGGUGCUUCGCAGAGCAUGCCAGACUGCACUUCGCCGUACGUGGUGAAGAUACAAGAUAAGUUCAAUGUUCAGGUAAUGUUUCGUACAAGACCGAAGCUGCACGCCACCCUAGUAGUUGUCAAGGGAUGCGAGUGGGAAGUUUCCCAAGUCAAGGAAGCGACGCAACUACUGAUCCGUCAUAUGUGCAAAAAUCUAGCUAGUCAAAUCCAAGUACAAAUGUCGAUGGAGAUCUCACCUCAGCACCAUAGCAUUGUCUUAGGGAAACAGAGUAGCAAUUUGAAAAUGAUUAUGCAACGUACCGCCACGCAGAUUAUGUUUCCUGAUGCCGGUGAUCCGAAUAUACCCAGCCUCAAGAAGAGCAAUGUUACUAUUACUGGCGAUAUACACAACGUUUAUUUGGCUAGACAACAAUUAGUAGGCUCGUUGCCACUGGUACUCAUGUUCGACCUGCCGGAAGACUCUAUGACUGCUUCAGUGGAUACGGAAAAGAUCUCCCAGCUCAUGCAGUCUUUGGACGUGUUCAUCAACGUUCGCCAUAAGCCAAAACAGAGCACACUCUCUGUGAUUAUCAAGGGAAUCGAAAGGAAGGCCAGUAAUAUUUACCAGGCGCGGAAGCAGUUGCUGGGACUGGAUGAGCCCAUAGUAACCGCUGAAAUACCGGUUACUUAUCACAUUCCGAAUGCUGGAAAUAUUUUCCAAGGGAGCUCCAAUAAUGAUGGCUCCAACAACAACUUGAUUAGUGGAGUACAGGAAAACUUCUCAAGCAUAUUAAAUGUAAACACGCAAAAUUCGUCGUAUUGCGUAUCGCCAAUUUCGCACUCACCGAAUUCUCUGGGCCUGUCGCCGCACUGGGGCCUCACUCAUCAUUACGUUUCGUCAAUGUGUCCGUAUCCUUACUCUCACUUAAAUCAUCUGCUGACGACACAACACAUGCUGCACAACAACAUAAUGGGAACUUCUCACGGACCCCAUGGAUUAUCGAAUCACGUGAUGCCUCCCAAUAUCGGAGCAUUUCACCAUAACAAUGUACCGACUAACUUUUCCGGUAUCCACGGUCUAAACACCAAUUCGUUGAUGGAUAGCAAAGAUGGUGGCAGUGCUUAUUCCUCGCUAAGUAGCGUUUCUAGUUCUUUAUCUAGUCCUGCCAUUAGUCCUCGUAACAUCUCACCAGUCAAUCCUACGGAUACUAAUACUAACUUAGCGGAUUUGUCUAGCAUGUUGUCCGAUUUGCCAGUUACUGAUCGACGUGCACCUGGUUGCGAGAAGAAAUCGCUCGAGAUGGCUGCGCAGCAGAAUCUCACGCCCUUCGAUUAUGAGCAGAAGAAACUGCUGGCCACAAAAGCAAUGCAAAAUAAAUCAAGCAGCAACGAUUUCCGCGUACCAACGUCUGCUUGGUCUGGUUACGGUCUUAGCCAAAGUAUUCCGCCCAUAACCACGAGUGACUUAAGCAAGGAGCUGACAUCACAUCCUUCAGAUUUAUGGAAAGAACCGACCACGCCGGUGGUGUUCAGUACCGAGAUGGAUUUCAGUAGUAUUAUCUCGAGCAAGGACCGCGUUGGACAGAUCGGGAUGGCGGCUUCAAAUUAUAUGGAUCAUACGCCGACUUCCCAUUUGAAUAAAAUUACAUCGUCCCAUCGUUUCAAUGAUCUGGGCAGUAUGUUAACUAGUAUCGGCUUGGAGAAAUAUAUACGCCUGUUUACGUCUCACGAGGUGGACAUGGCCACGUUUCCUUCCUUGACGGAGAAGGACCUUUGCGAAAUCGGAAUUACCGCUUGGGGUGCGAGGCGCAAAAUAAUGCUAUUAAUAUCUGAAAUGAACAAACGAACUAGUCCGUUUUCUGGAAGUGCUGCGCCCGGCGCUGAACGAAAGGCAUCCUCGUCGUCGGCGCCAACGUCGUCGAUUGGCAAGUGCAAUUUGGAUACUAAAUGGUAA